AUGAAGCCAUUGAAGCUAGCGCCGCUCACACUAGUCCUGCUUGUGACGUUGCGGUUUGCUGAGGCAAUCGCCAGGACAACGCUGACUAGCACAGAUGAGUUGUCCGUCAAUCAAACGCUUGUAAGGGGGGAGUUCGAGCUCGGCUUCUUCGCUCUCAACGAGAGUUGGUAUUUGGGAAUUUGGUAUAGGAACAUAGAGGUGAAACCCCGAGUUUGGGUUGCUAAUAGAGAUGACCCGCUCGACGACUCUAGUGGAAUCCUAAAGAUCUCCGAUGGUCAGCUAGUUCUCCAAUACAAAUCUCACAAGGGGAACAUCUGGUCUUCAAAAAGAAACGAGGGAUCUUCUUCGUCUGCGCUGGUGGCAGAGCUGUUGAUAAACGGAAAUUUUGUCCUGAGAUCUUUAAACAAGAGCGACGACUAUCUGUGGCAGAGCUUCAAUUACCCAACAGAUACUUUACUCCCCGGCAUGAGUCUUACGUCCUCGCAUGCGUCAGAGAGACGGCUUGUAUCUUGGAAAGGAGAAGAUAAUCCAGGAGAAGGAGACGUGACCUUUGAUCUCUUGGGUCUAGAUGAAACCAGGCUACGUGUCUCGGUAGGAAUAAAGCAAUUAUACUUGAGUGAUCCGUGGAACGGAGUUGAAUUCACCAACGUACCUAUGAAAUUUAAUCUGACGAGAAGCUCGGAUGAAGCCGUCUGCGUGUUUCAAGGCACAGACGAUGAUCACACGCUUUCGAUGAUCCUCUUACACCCCUGGGGAGCAGUAGUUGGUUUGGUUUGGAAGGGUUCUUGGCAGAUUGUAUGGCUUGCGCCAAAAAGCUUUUGCGAGGUACCAAAUUAUUGUGGCAAGAAUUCCUUCUGUUGCGCCACUGAACCGGUGGACCCGGACACGUUCAUGUCCAUGCCCAAGGCCACGUGUAAGUGCAUUCUAGGUUACCACCCGAUGAAAUCAGGAGAGAGCAUUGGGGUGCGUCCGUGCGAGAGGCAGGCAGAGCUUAGCUGCUCUGCUAAUGAGUUUCAUCCGUUCAAAACAGUCAAGUUGCCCGCCACUGCUAGCACCAAUAGCUUCAUAACUCCCGGUUUGGAACAAUGCAAGGACAAGUGCUUACAAAACUGCGAGUGUAAAGCAUACUCGGUAUUCGCUUACGGAAACGGAAGCCUGACGCAAAACUGCACAACCUGGAGCGGAGACUUAACUGACCUAGGAUGCUACAAUUCCUCCGCAGCUCAAACUCUCUACAUCCGACAAAACGGGGAGAUGAAGACGAAGACGAAGACGAAGAAAAAGAAGAAGAUGAGCAUCAUAGUGUACGUAAUCAUAGGAUUAUCUGUUUCCGCUCUGUGUCUUUUGUGCGUAGCCUUAUACUGCUACCGCAAAAGGAUUCAAAAGAAAUUAACACCAGCUCCGGCAGCCACGGACGAAGUGGAGAUGAGAUUGAUUCGGGAAGGAGCCACGGACGACCACGAAUCACUCCCACAAAUGGAGUUUUCCACAAUUGUGGAUGCCACCGAGAAUUUCUCGCAUCUGAUUGGCAGAGGAGGGUUCGGUAACGUUUACAAGGGAUUGUUACCCGAUGGGACAGAGAUUGCUGUGAAGAAACUGUCGGAGCAGUCAAAUCAAGGCAACGAGGAGUUCUAUACCGAGGCGACAUCAAUCCGACGGCUCAGACACGUGAACAUCGUCCGACUCUAUGGCUGGAGUGUUCACAAUGACGACAAGCUCCUGAUUUACGAGUACCUGGAAAAUGGAAGCCUGGAACGUCAUCUCUUCUCUGAGCCAUCUGGUGGUGGUGGCGACCUAGACUGGCCAAGGAGAUAUCACAUUGUGAAAGGUAUAGCCCAAGGGCUUGCCUAUAUCGAAGAAGGUUUUCAAGAUACCAUAGUCCACCGAGACUUAAAACCGGCUAAUAUCCUCCUCGACACCAACAUGACCCCCAAGAUUUCGGAUUUCGGGUUCGCCCGAGUCUAUGGAAGGGCCGAGGACGAAGCUUUCACGGAGCGUCCGUCUGGAACUUAUGGUUACAUGGCCCCGGAGUAUAUGCAAGGAGGGUCAUACUCGGCUAAGUCGGACAUCUUUAGUUUCGGCGUUACUGUCCUUGAGAUUUUAAGCUGUAAAAGGAACAAGACCUUCGCUGCUGACAUGGGUCUCAACGUCAACCUUCUAGAAUAUGCCUGGAUCAAGCUGGAUCAAGGCGACUAUUUGGAGGUUGUAGACGAGAAGAUCAGAGGAGAUUCUUUACCAGAUUGGCAAGUCCUGAGAUGCGUCCAAGUUGCUCUCCUUUGCGUUCAGCAACAGGCAAGUGAAAGACCAAAUAUGUCUUUGGUCGUCACUAUGCUCCAGGAAGAAGACUAUCCCACUCCCAAACCGCUACGUCCUGGCGUUAUCGCCGUUGCCUCAACUUCAUCGUGCCAAGACCCUUCCGGGUCUACUCCCACCCACAUCAUCGAACCCAUCACCCAAGUCUACCCCCGCUAG